GGGGCGCAGACAACGCUAAGAUGGCGGCCUUCUCAGAAAUGGGUGUCAUGCCCGAGAUUGCUCAAGCCGUGGAGGAGAUGGACUGGCUCCUCCCAACUGAUAUCCAGGCUGAGUCCAUCCCACUUAUCCUAGGAGGAGGUGACGUGCUUAUGGCUGCAGAAACAGGAAGCGGGAAGACUGGUGCUUUCAGCAUUCCAGUCAUCCAGAUAGUUUAUGAGACCCUCAAGGACCAGCAGGAGGGCAAGAAAGGGAAGACGACGGUGAAAACUGGAGCUUCAGUGCUCAACAAAUGGCAGAUGAACCCAUAUGACCGAGGAUCGGCUUUUGCCAUCGGGUCUGACGGUCUUUGUUGCCAGAGCCGAGAAGUGAAGGAGUGGCAUGGGUGUAGGUCCACGAAAGGAGUGAUAAAAGGCAAAUACUACUACGAGGUGUCCUGCCACGACCAAGGGCUGUGCCGAGUCGGCUGGUCGGCUUCCCAGGCCUCCCUCGAUCUGGGCACAGACAAGUUUGGCUUUGGCUUUGGCGGAACCGGGAAGAAAUCCCACAACAAGCAGUUUGAUGGUUACGGAGAGGAGUUCACCAUGCACGACACGAUCGGAUGCUACCUGGACAUCGACAAAGGGCAGGUCAAGUUUUCCAAAAACGGAAAAGAGCUCGGCCUGGCCUUCGAAAUACCGGCACACCUGAAGAACCAGGCGCUCUUCGCCGCGUGCGUCCUGAAGAAUGCGGAACUGAAAUUUAACUUUGGGGAAGAAGAAUUUAAGUUUCCCCCCAAAGAUGGGUUUGUUGGUCUCUGCAAGGCUUCCGAAGGCCACGUUGUGAAGUCUCAGCACACAGGAAGCGCCCAGGUGGCUCAGACCAAGUUCCUGCCCAACGCCCCGAAAGCGCUCAUUGUGGAGCCGUCACGUGAGCUGGCCGAGCAGACCUUGAACAACGUGAAGCAGUUCAAGAAAUACGUCGACAACCCGAAGCUGAGGGAGCUCCUGAUCAUUGGUGGGGUGGCUGCCCGGGAUCAGCUCUCUAUCCUGGAACAAGGGGUGGACAUAGUGGUCGGGACUCCAGGAAGGCUGGACGACUUGGUGUCCACCGGGAAGCUCAACUUAUCCCAGAUCCGCUUCUUGGUUCUGGAUGAGGCUGACGGGCUUCUUUCCCAAGGCUACUCGGACUUCAUCAACAGGAUCCACAACCAGAUUCCUCAGAUCACCUCGGAUGGGAAAAGACUGCAGGUCAUCGUCUGCUCGGCCACUCUGCACUCUUUUGAUGUCAAGAAGCUUUCGGAAAAGAUCAUGCACUUCCCGACCUGGGUGGACCUGAAAGGAGAGGAUUCUGUCCCCGAAACCGUGCACCACGUUGUGGUUCCUGUGAACCCCAAAACGGACCGACUGUGGGAGAGGCUGGGCAAAACUCACAUCCGGACUGACGAAGUGCACGCGAAAGAUAACACGAGGCCAGGCGCCAACAGCCCCGAGAUGUGGUCCGAAGCCAUCAAGAUCCUGAAGGGGGAGUACACGGUGCGGGCCAUCAAGGAGCACAAGAUGGACCAGGCCAUCGUCUUCUGCAGGACCAAGAUCGACUGCGACAACUUGGAGCAGUACUUCAUGCAGCAGGGCGGAGGUCCGGACAAGAAGGGCCACCAGUUCUCCUGCGUCUGUCUUCACGGAGACCGAAAGCCUCACGAGAGGAAGCAAAACCUGGAGAGGUUCAAGAAAGGAGACGUUCGGUUUCUGAUUUGCACUGAUGUGGCUGCCAGAGGGAUCGACAUCCACGGGGUGCCCUACGUCAUCAACGUCACCCUGCCCGACGAGAAGCAGAACUACGUCCAUCGCAUCGGCCGAGUUGGCCGGGCAGAAAGGAUGGGUCUGGCCGUGUCCCUGGUGGCGACAGAGAAGGAGAAGGUCUGGUACCACGUCUGCAGUAGCCGCGGGAAGGGCUGCUACAACACCCGGCUGAAGGAGGACGGCGGCUGCACCAUCUGGUACAACGAGAUGCAGCUGCUGGCCGAGAUCGAGGAGCACCUCAACUGCACCAUCUCCCAAGUGGAGCCGGACAUCAAAGUCCCCGUGGACGAGUUCGACGGGAAGGUGACCUACGGCCAGAAGAGAGCCGCCGGGGGGGGCACGUACAAGGGCCACGUGGACAUCCUGGCGCCCACCGUGCAGGAGCUGGCGGCCCUCGAGAAGGAGGCCCAGACGUCCUUCCUGCACCUCGGCUACCUGCCCAACCAGCUCUUCAGGACCUUCUGAGGAGGCCGCCCGGCCUGCCGGCCCGCUUGUCGAUUGUCCACAAUAAAAGGACCGGCCUGGCCGCCGCGUGCUCACA